UACAACCGUACAACCGUAGAGAUUUUUCAACCCGAAUUAGGUUAACAGAUUUAUUGAUAUACAUUUGCAUAAGGUCGAUUUCUAUCCGACGCAGCUCAUAUAUCAUCAUGGCGUCUUUACAGGACAAAGUCACCAUCAUUACAGGUGCAAGUUCAGGUAUUGGAGAAGCAACUGCAUUACUGUUUGCUGAGAGCAAAGCAAGGGUAGUUCUAGCAGCUAGAAAUGUCGAGAAUCUUGAGAAAGUAGCAUCCUUGUGUAAAACGAAAGGAUUAUCGAAUAGUGAUGUUUUGGUUAUUCCUUGUGACGUCACAAAUGAGGACAAUUUGAAAACAUUAGUCGACGAAACUGUAAAGAAAUUUGGAAGAAUCGAUGUGUUGAUAAAUAACGCAGGAAAAGGAAUCUUUAGUAAUGUGAUGGCGACACCAGAAGCAACUCUAGACGAUAUAAUGAAUGUCAACUUUAAAUCUAUUUAUAAUUUGUCAAGACUGUGUGUUCCUCAUCUUACCAAAACUCAGGGGUCUAUAGUGAAUGUUUCGAGUAUAGGAGGACAACGUGCAGCUCCUACUAUCUCUGCCUAUUGCAUCUCAAAAGCUGCAUUGGAUAUGUUCACACGCGUGUUAGCAUUAGAACUGGCUCCUCAGAAAGUACGGGUUAACUCAGUCAACCCGGGAUUCAUUUUGACACCAUUCGCCAAAAAUGCUGGAUGGCCAGGCGACAUGACUUCAAAUUAUCUUGAGCGGUUGAAAGUGCUACAACCUCUUGGUGGUGCGGGCAAACCGGAAGACGUCGCCAAGGCAAUACGAUUUCUAGCAUCAGAUGAAGCAUCGUUUACUACCGGACAUUUACUCUUCGUCGAUUCUGGACGCCAUUGUGGACUUCCAGUAUAAUAAUAUGAAUGUGUAUAUUAAAAGCAUUCACAAUAUGUUGACUUCAUUUAAAUUAAUUAAACAUAAUUUUAUAAAAUAAACCCGUGUCUGUAGUGACGUUUUUGGUUUCAUUGAACAUAAUCUAUCUAUGAUUACUAGUACUGGUAUAUCAGAAGUCGUUGCCACAAAUACUGAAAACCUUUACCAAAUUCUUUCAUACGGAUACACAGACUUGGUUUGGAAGUGUGGCUGUACCUUUCACAGAAAACUUAUUACAAACGGGAUAGCACAAUAAAAAAGUCAUCCUAAUUUUUAGGUUGAUGUUGUUUAUCGAGCCCAUGAAUUUAGACACGAUCCGGGUAAACUUGUCGAUCGUUUGAAUAAACUUAAUUUAAAAGGUAACCAAUUUAACACUGUAAUCAGAUCUUUGAAUAUCGUUUUUAUCGGUGUAAUUAUUGAUUUUGUUAUCAAUAAAUUAAAACCCAACUAAAUAUCAUUAUUAUACAAAUGUGAACAUUCACCGUCCUACGAUCUGACGAUACAUAUAUUUU